AGAUACCGCCUCUUUUCUUUUUGGCGGAGGAAAGCCUCAAUCCUCCUGUCAACGCAUCUCACCGUCGACCAGGCACAUCAGUUCCUGAUCCGAUACGAUGUCGAAGGGACCGGCAAGCAUAGACCUCACGUUUAUCACGGUCCAGCACUCACGCGAUGGACUGAAAGCGAGUGGAGACCGCACGGUGCGGUCGCACGUCACCCGCUACCAAUGGCGAAAACACAACGAGCAACGACGGCGUGAAGCCAUCUCGUCCGGUAGAAUGAAGAGACGAACCGGGGAGUUUCUCCCCCUUCGCAUGGAGCUGGACUGCACCGCCUUGACGGGCCUGCGUCGCGGUAACAGUGCAGACGACGUGACACCAGGCCAGGGGGACCGGGAACUGGACUCGGAUACCAACGAGCCGGUACGAGUUCUGCCUAUCCCCCGCCUGGUGGGUGGGCAUCGCGUUGACCCGUUUCGCUCCUACCCUGUAUCAUGGAAACCCUUUUUCCCGUCAUUGGUAGAUCACUAUCUGGUGCAUAUGGCAGUUGAUAUCCCCGAGCUCGAUCAACCCGGCAACCAGGGCCUGCUGCGUACCCGCUGGUUUCCUCUGGUGAUAAGCGAACCCGCAUUGUUCCAUGUGAUUCUGCUUAUCGCAGCCUCGCACCACGCCAGCGUGCAUGGCAGCCCGGACAGCCUCAGGCUGAACCUGCUACAGCUGCGACACGCCGCCGUGCAGUCCAUCAACGACGCCCUGGCGGCCCGGCCGGCGGCGCUGGGCGAUGCCCUGAUAGGCGCCGUGGCCAAGAUGGCUAGCUACGAGGCCAUGUUCGGCACCACAGACCACUACAACAUCCACAUGCAGGGUCUCAUCCAGCUCAUCCGCCUACGUGGCGGCUUCGGCGCUCUGGGCCUCGACGGCCUGCUCCGUCGGAUUGUCAUCUGGAUCGACCGCAACGCCGCCCACCUCCAUCAGCUACCGCUGUAUUUUCCGGGCCUGGACUUCGCAUCCGGCCGGCCGCUGCUGGAACCGAGCCCCAGCCACUUCCUGGGCUUUUCCUGAUGCUUUAAUCCUCUCAAGCUGAAUCUGGCAUGUUCUGUGACAGGCGGGGUCUGAUGAAGCCGCUAUGCCGUUUUCGGAUAACGCAUCGGAAGCCUAUGUCUGGCCAAUCACAGCACAGCCCGCAAAAUGGUUACGUCAAGGAUGUCCUCCGUUUGAGAUAUAAAGGAGGGAAGAUUGAUCUUAGAAAGACCCUACUGCAUCGGUCUUCAAUCUAUAACAAAUAGCGGCCAUGGCUCUCUCCGGAAAAGUUGCCCUCAUUACCGGCG